ACUAGCUUCUUGUUACUACUAGUAAGGCACUUGUUACUAGUAGCGAUGCCCUUGUUAUUAGUUUGAUUUUCUCCUGUGUUGCAAAAAGACUGUGCUUGUGGACAAGCCUCCCCAAGCCACUUCGCAUCGCUAUGGCCUGCAGCACAUCAAUGGAAAUGGGGGAUGAGAUUUCGAGGAGACCAACGUUGGGCCAAACUUUUGAGCUCCAUCCUUUCGCAGCCGGAUGCAGUUCUGCGAAGCACCCGUAUUUUGGUUGCGCUUCGCAGGGCCUCCCAAUGGCCUUUGGCAUUGGACUUUUUCACGGUGCUCAGAAGCACUUCGUUGAGGCUGGACACAAUUUGCUUCAAUGCUGCGCUGGCAGCUUGCCAAAGAGGAGCUUCUUGGCAGCUUGGGAUGCAGCUCUUACACGACAUGGAAGCUUCGAAUCAUCUUCCAAACAAUUCAAGUUGCAACACGCUUCUUGACUUUGGAUAGUCAGCAGCCUGGGCCAUGGCCUUAGCUCUCCUUGGAAGGACGAUCGGCCCCAAUGUUCUGGGUGGCACGGCUGCUAUCAGCGCCUGCGGUCGAGCAGAAGAGUGGCAACAAUCCUUGGCACUCUUCCGGGAUCUUUCGCUGGAAGGGAUAGUCGACAAGGUCAGCUUCAAUGCGAUGCUAAGCGCCUUUGCAUACUCAUCUCAGUGGGAACGCGGCCUGCAAUUUUUGCAAACGGACAUUGGAAACGGCCUUGACAGCUAUGGUCGAGUGUCUGCCGGGACGUGUUUUGCCAUUGCUGCUUUGUGGGAAGCAGCACUUGGGCUUCUGCCGGAAACUUUCAAGGCUCAGAGUCAUGUCACCCAUGUCUUCAAUGUUGUUGUGGCUGGUUGUGCACGGGCCUCUCAGUGGCAAAGGUGUUUGGACAUACUUCGCAUGAUGAAGUCCCUCUCCUUGAGUUCACUCCGUGUAUCUCCUGAUGAUGCCACUUAUAGCAGUGUCAUUAGCUCGUGCGACGGCAUCUCGCUUUGGCCUCGAGCUGUCGCCUUGCUUGCAGAGGCGAAGGCGGCUCAGGUGGAGAGAUUGAAGGCGGCGCCCAUCUCCAGUUGCAAUGCGGCUAUCACCAUCUGCGGUACCCAGCAUGAGUGGAGAUGGUCAUUGUGGAUUUUGGACAGCAAGACCGAUGCUUUGGACAGCCCCAAUGUGGACAGCUGGCCGGAUCUUAUGAGCAUGAAGUCGGCUCUGAUUUCUUGCGAGCGUGCUUCCAAAUGGCAGGAAUGCAUACAACUGCUUCACAUGAUGCGGGGCCCCAUGCCUGACAGAAUGAAUGCGUCCAGACGGUGUUCGGGCACUGUAGGCGUGACUUCAUUGCCUGAUCUCGUCAGCUUGACUUCAUGCGCAAGUGCCUGUGAAAAGGCACAGCUGUGGCCGAUUGCCCUCCAACUCCUCAACUCCGAUGCGCUGGAGGUAUCAUUCAAAACGGAGUGUUUGCCGCUGCCUUGGAUGGUUUUAUGUCGAGCCUUUGCUACUGCAAAGUGCUGGCAGAGGAGUUUGCAUUUUUUUACUGAGAUGACUUGCUGGAACUUGCACGACCUACCCUCUUUGGAUACAGUUCUCAAAUCUCUAGCGGAUGCAACGAAAUGGUCACACGCCCUGCUUCUGCUCCAUGCACAGUCAUUGACAGGCCUCCAAGCAGAUGUGGCCGCUGGGGCCCACGCAGUGCGGGCUGCCCAAGAACAGCACAUCAACAGCAUGAAAGAAAGAAUUGACUUGCCAGAGCUACGAGAGCUACGGGAACUCCGAAGCUGCGGAUGCUUUCUUCCCGCGGAGCGGGCGGAGAACCUCCACUGGGUCAAGGCUACAACCUUGGGCGGCCUCAGCCCUCUGACGGCACGAGUGCUCCUUGCUGAUCACUGUAUUUUCACAAAGCCUGGCGGCCAGAUGCAAAAAUGUCCUGUGCUGCUCGUGGUUGAAGGGGUAGCGGGGCAAGAUUGCGCAGCUAGGCUUCAGGACAAAAGCUCCAGGUGGCAAGAGACCAUCAUGUGCCGAGCAACAUGGAGCCUGGUCAGCCUGGUCAGCCUGGUCAUGGUCACUCUUGUACAGUCGUGUCCAGAUUACCUGGUCAACGUGACUCGUUGCAACCGUGUUGACCGUGUUGAAGACAUCAUUGGGCCCUCAGCUCCAACGUGCACCUAUGAUCCGACCUUCAGAGUGAGCAAUGCUCUCGACUGGGCCUAUAAUUGCAGUCUUCCAGUUGAAAUCCGUGUGGGAUUAACAAUGUCCCUCACUGGGAACCUCAGCGAUGCUUCUUACAACGAGAAUGUAUUGGAACUUCUGAAAGAAUGGAGCAGUCAGACCUCCAACCAAUCAGUUACACCAAUGAAGCUGCAGGGACUGAAUUUAGACAUUGUCCGGUGGUGUCCACGCUUCUGUGUCAUGGACGACGAAAGCUCAGAACAAAAGAUGGUUGAGUUGUACAGAUCCUUUGCAGGAGACGGAACUAGUGCUCCCCCGUCUCAAAUCUGGUUGGGCCCAUCAACUUACUCCUUUCGUAAUGCAGCAGCACAAGUUGCGAACGAGUACCAGACGCCGAUCAUAUUGUGGUCGAUUCCUCAUUUGUGGAGAAACUUUUCGAUAGAUCACAGUCAGGCUGCUGCUACAGCGGCCUCCUUGGAGCCUCCGUCAACUACCACAAGGUUGAUCAAAGACCAAAUCUCUGCAACCACAAGGGUAUCUUCAGGAAAGGGAUGA